AUGGCUUUCCUUGAAGUGAAGAUCCUUUUGUCUUGUGUUUUUCUGAUAUACACUAACGUGGAAGCGGCUCCAUCACCAAAGGUAAGACAAGUGCACAAACUGUUCAUAAUUUUCUGUAGCUCGAUGGUAGGGCGUCAGACUGCGAAUACAGAACAUUUCGGGUUCGAUUUCUCGUUGGAGGUUAGUUUUUUUCUUUGUACCUCACUCGAGAGAGUUAUAUACUCAUAUAUCUUUUAUCGACGAUCCAGCUUUCAUUUCGUCACCUUUCUUUAAAAACUAAUGCCUUCACUCCCUUCCGUAAGGGAACAUUAACUCUUGAUUUCAGGCUUUGUUAUCUAUUUCAACCAGUCUAUCAGAGAGGGUUUAUGCUAUCUGUCAUAAUCAAGUUCUACAGUUUUGCAUUCGUUUAAAAAAUUAAAUAACAAGUCUAAAUCUUUUUCAAGUGAGAAUUUGAAAACUAGAGUCAUUAGUCGUAGACAUCCUAUAAAAAUGUUCGACUCUAGUCUUUAGAAAAUUAAGAUAUAGUCAAGUCCCCGUAAACGUGGGUUAGAAAGUUUCAUAUUCUUCGGUAUUAAACUGAUACUCGUAUUUUUUUAUCUUAUUAUAGGACCCGUAUCGGCCUCUGGGUCACAUCGAAGCCAGCUCGUUGCGUGAAGUUUCCUAUGAAAAAGGGCAAGGUUGUUCUGAUCUUUUCUUGUUGCUUCAACGACUUUCUCACUUUUACUAAUGGUCAACUCGAAAAUUUCCUUACAGAGAUUACAGACUGGGAUAUGGAAAAUGGGUACAGCCUUCUCGAGGGCGGCAUGAUAUACACUGAUGGACAUCUGAAGGUGCCUGAAGAUGGGGUGUACUAUAUUUACGCACAACUGUACUUUCACAGCACCGGGAGAGUGCGGGUUUUCAAGAAUUACGAGGAACCUCUCACCAUGGCUAACUAUCCUGACGUAUCGGAAGGAUCCAAAUAUGCAGGGGGAGCGUUUCGUCUAGAGGCUGGUGACACCAUAUCGUUAGUAGCCGCGACCAGUGUCAAACUUUACAUGGCUCCUUAUCAUAGUUACUUUGGAGCGUUCCUGCUUCAGUGA